GUGUGUUACUCAGGGGGGGGGCUGUUCAGUUUGUUUUUCCAGUGCAGGUGUUUUCACCAGAUCAAACUGCACCGAGUGAAACCACCACGUUAUGUCUUUAUUUGGAGACUAUCGGCACUCCAUGACACGUUUUGAGACCCCCCCCUCCAGGACAGACCAAUGAGGCCCGAGCUGCUGUGGACUCGCCAGCCAAUGACACAAGCUCCUUAUUUGUGGUUUUUCACCAAAACUAUGGCAUGUGUACAACGAGUGAGAACUUCACAGGACACUCAGCUGUUGCCUAAUCAGGUUCUCUCAGAGCAGCAGUCCUUGGUUGUUAUGAAAAAACUUCUGGCCAUCGCAGUGUCUGGCAUCACAUACCUUCGGGGCCUUUUCCCAGAGAAAGCCUACGGGAGCAAAUAUGUUGAAGAGCAGAAAGUGAUGAUCCUUAGAGAGGAGCGCAGCUGUCCUGGUGCCAGUCAGAUUGUUCAGUGGAUGCAGGGGUGCUUUGAGGCCAUCCAGAGGAAAUAUCUCCGGACAGUCAUCAUGUCUAUCUACACUGAUCCAGAGAACCCCCAGAAAGUGACUGAGUUUUACCAGUUUAGGAUCCAGUACACUGCAAAAGGAGCGCAGAUGGACUUUGAGAGCAGUAACAACAACAAGGUGUCAGCGAUGUCGUGCGGUAACACGAAGAAGGCGAGCAUCCUGCUGGUGAGGAAGCUCUACACUCUGAUGCAGAACCUGGGUCCUCUGCCAGACAACGUCUGCCUCAACAUGAAGCUGGCCUACUACGACGAUGUCACCCCUCAGGACUACCAGCCGCCAGGCUUCAAGGAGGCUGACGGCGACACCAUGGAGUUUGAGAGGGAGCCAGUGAAAUUGACCAUGGGCGAGGUGGCCACUCCCUUCCACACUCUGAAGUUGGACAUGGCUACAGAGAGACGGAGACUGGAGCAGGUGGAAGAGAGUGUGAUGGAGAAGUGGGUUCUGAAGAUGGAGGAGGACGGCGUCCUUUCACAGAGCCAUGUGAUUGAAGACGUGGAGAAGCCUGACACUGAGAACACAGACUUGGAUAACACCGAUGUCCAAAUGACCUGUCAUGAGAAGAUGGAGAGUUGUGAGGAAGUUACAGAGAUCAACACUCUGGUGAAGAGGACCUCUGACAUGGAGGUGGGCCUGAAGAGGACCAGGAGUGGACGGAUCAUCAAGUCCACCACGGAGACAAACUUGACUGUGGACAAUAAGCUGACACCUAGGAAGGACAAAAUGGUUUCUCAGUAUGACAUCCCCAGCAGCCAGGAAACACCAUCCACCACUGCGCCUAAGAAGAGACGCAAAUUCAGCGAACCCAAAGAGCGCUAUUGACCUCACACCCCACUGCUCACACAGCAGCACAGCUGUAUUGAUUUACACUGAUGUUUUUUUAAAUUC